AUGGCCAAGGGUUCUGCCAAUCAGACGAGGAGCGUGCCCAACAAGCACUUGCACGCGCGCAUCGCAUACUUGCACCAAGCUGCGACCCAUCUUGCUCUUAAACAACAGCCCGUGACGAAGAGCGAUUCAUCAGGCGCCGAAUCAAAAUUGCAGCAGCACGGUCUGCCCCUUCUGCUCGCCGCCCAACUCCAGGCCGUUUCUCAAAAAGCUCAGAUUCGUCUGUCUCAUGACAUGAAGCGCUCGAUCUGCAAAGUUUGCAGCACUCCUCUUGCGCCAGACACGACUUCGAAGGCGCACAUCGAGAACAAGAGCAGGGCUGGAAAGAAGUCUUGCGCCGACGUCCUGGUCAUCCAGUGCCAAAACUGUCAUGCCGAAAAGAGGUUCCCGGUUGGCGCCACACGUCAAAAGAGAAAGGCAGAACGCAAA